CUCCAACCCUGACCAGCCGUGGGAAGGCCCAGUGGGACAGCCUGGUGCAGCUUGGCCAAGGAGGCAGAACCCAACUUGGAGCCAGCGCCCUCAUAAUGCUGCCCAAAGGCAAUGUUCACUGCAGUUCCCGGAGGUUCUGGAGCCCAGAGAAGGAGUCUUCAUCGAGGAGAGUUCACUGGAAGAACUUUGGCUGUUUCCUACCCGCUGUUGGACCAUCCAGCUUGCUACAAAGAUGGCCAAGGAUGGAGUCGCCGAUGACGACGCACUGUCCAUGGGCCCCGGUGAAAUGGGAAAACCCGAUACGGGACUGCAGAUCCUCUCGGCGUGACACCCUCUAACACGUGUCCCCGAAGGGUAAGGAGAGCUUAUUGGAGAGGAGGCAGCAGCCGGUUGAGACUGAGGCCAAGAUGUUAGUUUUCCAUCCCCAGGGUGUCAUGCGCUCACCAGCCGCGGCUCGCCCGCCUAGCGGAGAAGCACACUGGGGACGAGUCCCGCAGGAUCCAGCCCAGGUGGCCCGAAGCUCCUGACUGGGAGGAGGAGGCUCCCGCGGUCACAGGUUUUCCUGACUUCUCCAUUUCUGUACUGGAUUCGUCGGCUCCAGGGCGCCAGAGAGGUGUGGGCGACGUCCGGGCAGAGAGCCGCCCUCGGCCGCCCCGCCGCCCAAGAGUAAACGUCCCGGGCCAGUAUGAGCGCUGACGCCCGGGUCCCCUCCCCCGUUCUGCGCCGCCAAAGGAGGAAGAAGAGGAGAGGCUGAGCCCAGGCACCGGAGUAGCUGCUUCCUCCACCUCCCGCUCCUGCUCUUCCUCCUCGUCCGGCCGGAUCCGACCUCGCGUCCGGCCCGGGUCGUCCCUCCCCGGCCGGCUCGGCACCGCCUCCGCCGCCCCCACCGAGACCGCGGCGCCCCCCCGUCCGCCCCGGAUCUCAAUAUGUGUCAUGUCAUCGUGACCUGCCGCUCGAUGCUGUGGACCCUGCUCAGCAUCGUGGUGGCCUUCGCGGAACUGAUCGCCUUCAUGAGCGCCGACUGGCUCAUCGGGCGAGCCAAGCCCGCCGGCUCCGGCGGGCCGGACAACCGGACAGGAGGCCUCCAGGAGUCCUACCACCCGACCCUGGGCAUCUACGCCCGCUGCAUCCGGGUCCCCCGCGUGCAGUACUUCAAGCGAGACACCCUGUGCGGGCCGUACGCGGAUAACUUCGCCGAGAUCGCCAGCGGGUUCUGGCAGGCCACGGCCAUUUUCCUGGCCGUGGGGAUCUUCAUCCUCUGCGCCGUGGCCUUCGUGUCCAUCUUCACCAUGUGCGUGCAGAGCAUCCUGAAGAAGAGCAUUUUCAACGUCUGCGGGCUGCUCCAAGGGAUUGCAGGCUUGUUCCUAAUCCUCGGUCUGAUACUCUACCCCGCUGGUUGGGGUUCCCCGAAGGCGGUAAGCUUCUGCGGACACUACGCGUCUGCCUACAAGCCGGGAGACUGCUCUCUGGGCUGGGCCUUUUACACGGCCAUCGGGGGCACCGUCCUGACGUUCAUCUGUGCCGUCUUCUCGGCUCAGGCCGAGAUCGCUACCUCCAGCGACAGGGUGCAGGAGGAGAUCGAGGAGGGAAAGAACCUGAUCUGCCUCCUCUAGCUCGGCGGCCCUCGGUGCCGCCGCCUGUCGCCUCCUUCCGGGCAAGAGGGUCCCUUUUCCUGACUCACCACUCACACGCCACAAGCCCACCUGCCGGAGCUCGGGUCUGCCGAAGCCACAUCCGUGCCAGCGGGGCCCAAGGAGAGGAGCCGGCCCGAAGCCGAGGAGUUGGACCCGGGAACCUGGGCGCUUCGGGGCCUCCGCGCGACUGGACGCGGUGCGGGUCGAGCACGUGGGAGAGGAGCGGGGAGGCUUACGGGCGGGCACGCGGAAACAGCCUCCGGACUCUGGCCAGCAGCUGACGGUUUCUCAUUCCGUCGGAUGACACCUCCCCCAGGGUUUGCUCUACCGCACAACGUACAGCAGGGUGGGUGGUGGUCUCUCUGGCUUCCUGUCACUCGGGUCUACCAUCCGAUUCACGUGGCAGCGGUUCCGCUUCGACUGUUCCGGUGAUCUGAGAUCGGCUGCCAUCUUAGAUCAGCACCGCGCUCACAGGAGGGACAAGGGAUGGACUCUAGACAAACUCACACUGCUCCUGGCCAACUGGAACGAGACGGGAGCUUAAAGUUACCCUGAGCUCGAGGCUGGGCGUGGGCAGGCCGCGGGUCAGCCGGGAGAGAGUGGGGCGAGGGUUACUCAGUGGCCGUCGUUAAAGGAGGAGUCUGUUCAGGCUCCCUGUGGUCAGAAGGGGAAAAACCAUUACUGGUCAGAAGCACGGACUCGGUUCGGUUAGGAGGCAUUCCUGGGCCUCUCAGCUAUCAUCACAGCGGCUGCCACCGGGGGCUCGGGACCCAGGACCGACUGAGACCUUUCAGACGUCGGCCAACUUCACCCGAUUCUCGUUGACUACCUUUCAGUAUUUCCAAACACAGGUUACAUUUUAUCUAGGCCCUGUAGCGGCCUCUCGCUGGGGGGGAGAACAGGGGAGGGGAGGCUCCCGCGACCCCCUCCAAGAACUGAUCGUGAACAGUGGAAAUGGGCAAAGUCUAAGAGAGCUGCAGAGGGAAGAGCUCGUCUUCCCGGACACGGCAAAGGGAAGCGCGCUGGACAGAAGGCCGCCCUUCAACUUGAACGUCUGGCUGCCUCUCGGCGGGUUCAAGCAGCCCCAAAUAAGAGGGCUGGGUCAGUAAUUCCUUACCCGAAGACCUUGCCGAAAACGCCCGAGAUGAGGGAAGGGACCUCAGCAAGUGUUCGCGGAUGAGCGAAGGUGAACCGAGUCUCACCCCUCCUGCUAGAGGACUGGCAAAGCAGCAGGUGAAAAAAUCCUUAGCACGAAAAGGAACCACACAGUGGUUGGUCAAGCAUAUGUCUUGAGGUGUAUAUUUCCAUGGAGAGCCAGGAAAAAGGAUGGAGGUUCAAGCAAUAUUUGGACACUUGAGCUGCUCCUGCCAUCCCCCCCCCCCCGCCGUCAGAAGCGGGGAGCUAAUCAUGAGGGGGCAGCCCAGAAAAGAAGUGAUGUGGGUUUAAAAAGAAAUUCCUUCCACUAGCCCUAUGAUGAUAUGUUGUUUUUGUGUUUACCCUACUGACCGAGGGGGUCUCUGGCUUUUCCAGCCCCGGGCCUCCUCCCCUCCACCCCACUGCUGCCCCUCGGGGCAGGCCCCAGAGACACUAAGGCAGGCGCUGUGAGUGGGUGGGGAGGGAGAAGAACAGGCCCGAGCUACCGGUAAGCCUAACGACAGCUCUCAGACAAACCCAACGCUAGGCCAAGUGCAGGGUGAGGGAGGUGCCCACUAGCCAGAGUAGGUCGGUAGCUGAAAUGGCCCCCAAAGAAAUUCAGGUCUCCUGUCCUAACCACUAGCUCACACUUCCCUACCUUCUAACUUGGAGUACACUGAUGAACGAACGAACCUGUGGUCCAGGUGACUGUGGGCACGAGGUCCACUCAGAUUUUUUUCUUUUUUUUAAAACACACCCUGAUAGAUUUUUCAACUUCACGGCUACAGCAACCGGAGCUUCAGCUCCACAGAGACGCCGACGGGGCGGGGUCAUCGCGGUCCAUCCCCGCUCUGACCUCCAGUCUGGGCUCUGUCGCCAAUUCCCGCGUUAAUGAGAUGGGGAAGUUCUAGCUGAGGUUCCGGCAGAGGAACCAAUUCCAAGCCAUUUCCUCGGGAGCAAGGAGAUUCGGGUGGGGGCACGUCCUAGCUCUGCUCCCUUGAAAGGGCCCUUCUGUUCUCCAGCCCUAAUUCACAAAAACGUAGCCCCAAACCCACCCCUUCGGCCGAAGCGGUGACGGUCGCUCCACCACCGGGUGCCACGUUCCUCCCCGGAGAUGCCGAAACGCCACAGCAGCGGGGACACGUCUAAGCGACUCGGGACCAUCCCACCACGCUGACUUCCCCGGCGGAUGUCUAAACUCAACUGCAGGCCCGCUACGUGUGGCAGAAAUAUUACGAUGAAUCCACAGCUGGCUGUCCAGCUCUACCUGGUUCGCCUCAGAAACAGACUGUUGCUCUCCACAGAUCGUCCUGAUCAAUUUCUCUCCAUCAUGUCACCACCUAAUUAUACCACUGAAGGCUUUUUAGUGUGCACAGACUCUUUCACAGUUGCCAAAUUGCCUUUCAAGCUGAAGUUCAAGGUCUAUCUCCCCACUGCCUCCACUUCAAACAAGUAUCCGGUGGCGUUACAACGGGCCGGGCUACACACCUUACCAGCGUGCGGACUUCAAAGUCAGAUACAGACUUUGUACUGUUUCGUAUAGUUCUCAAGCACCUGUGGUUUGAUAAUCUUUGUUAAAUUUAUAUUCUGUUACGUGCCAUAGCCCUUCCGGAAGUGUAGCAUAUUUAAAAAAAAAUAUGUAUAUAUAUAUAGACCUAAGUCUGUGUGUAAGAUGUGCAAUAACAGAGAUGGAUGUUCUGUGGGUUUUUAAUUCUAAAAAACUGGACUGGCUUGGCACAAGGGUCUUCUUGUAGGGGGGAGAGGGCGGGGGGGAAAGAAGAAGUAGGGGUUUGAUUUCUUGGGCCACAGCUCGAGGCCAGGGUCAGCCUAGCACUAGCCCAACCCUCAAUGGAGGGAAACGGGUGUGACCCUGGUUGAAGGUCUGAGUGAGAUACAAUCAUCAGCAUGUUCACUGGGAAGCCCGGUUAAUUGCUAGCCUUUCAUUUGAAAUGUGAAGCUGCCAUGCCACCUCUGUUAGUCUAAUAUUUAGUCGCAGCUACAGAAUCCCCAAGGAGCUGGGGUUGGAUUCCGCUUUCGCAGCCCCUCUGGGCCACAAACACAUCCCCCCCCCCCCCCCCCCCAUACCCUUCCUGCCUGGAACAUACCGAACUGUCACACUAUCAAGUGCGGCUGGAUCAGCCACCCAAAAUCCUAGGUGCUGGGUGGGCCUAAACCAUCUCCCUUAGUGCCGGACGCGCAGUGGUGACGGUUCCAGGAGGGCCGUGGUGGCAUAAAGCAUUCAGCUCUCCCGGGAGGCUGCAGCAGACCUAAGCAGUAGCCUCGGUAGAGCGUGGGCCGAGCUGGGGGGCGGGGAGACAGACUCAAACGCUCCAUCCUGUGAGCCGAAGUUACCACGGUGCUGCAGUGUGUGGGGAUUUCUGGGGCGCCUGCCAUGCUGUGAGCUGACCCGCUGUUUCUCGUGUUCAUGUACUUGCCUCUGUUUCUCAAAGCUCGGAAUUAAACUAGACUUGGCAACCUCA